UUUGUGACGUGGGACAAUGCCUGCCACGCGUCGGAACUAGGCCUCCGGUGCAGCCGCGGGCCACGAGCGACACGGCGGAGGCAGCGCGGAGGUCUCUGGGGCCGACUCCGGAACCAUGCGUGACUUGUUCAGAUUAGCCGUUUUCUUUUGUCUGUGGAGCUUUUCCACUGCUCAGGGGCAAAAGAAAGAGGAGAGCACAGAGGAUGUGAAAAUAGAAGUUUUGCAUCGUCCAGAAAACUGUUCUAAGACAAGCAAGAAGGGAGACCUGCUAAAUGCCCAUUAUGAUGGCUACUUGGCUAAAGACGGCUCAAAAUUCUACUGCAGCCGGACACAAAAUGAAGGCCACCCCAAAUGGUUUGUUCUUGGUGUUGGGCAAGUCAUUAAAGGCCUAGACAUUGCUAUGAUGGAUAUGUGCCCUGGAGAGAAGAGGAAAGUGAUUAUACCCCCUUCUUUUGCAUAUGGAAAGGAAGGCUAUGAAGGCAAGAUCCCACCUGAUGCAACAUUGAUCUUUGAGAUUGAACUUUAUGCUGUGACCAAAGGACCACGGAGCAUUGAAACAUUUAAGCAGGUGGACACAGACAAUGACCGACAACUCUCGAGAAUUGAGAUAAGUCAUUACUUGAAAAAAGAAUUUGAGAAAGAUGAGAAGCCACGUGACGAGUCCUAUCAAAAUGCAGUCUUAGAAGACAUUUUUAAGAAGAAUGACCACGACGGUGAUGGCUUCAUUUCUCCCAAGGAAUACAAUGUAUACCAACAUGAUGAACUAUAGCACAGUUUUAUUUCUAUAAAGUUUCUUACUGUAUUUUAUAUAUAAAACACUUUUCUUCAA